AAGUAGCUAUUUUGCAGUUUUCUUUAAUAAUUCUUCCACUUAUAAGUGGGUGUUCUUAACACUGAAUCGUGAAACUAACCGUCCAUUUUAAAGAUGCCAUAAAAAUACUUAAGCAAAUUGGCGGGGCGCGGUUGCUUACGCCUGUAAUCCCAGGACUUUGGAAGGCCAAGGUGGGCGGAUCACAGGGUCAGGAAUUCCAGGACAGCCUGACCAACAUGGUGUGAAGCCCCGUCUUUACUAAAAAUAAAAAAAUUUGCCGGGCGUGGUGGCGCGCGCCUGUAAUUUCAGCUACUUAAGAGGUUGAGGCAGGAGAAAAGCUUGAACCCCGGAGGCGGAGGUUGCAGUGAGUCGAGAUCGCGCCACUGCACUCCAGUUUGGGCGACAGAGCGAGACUCUGUCUCAAAACAAACAAAAACCCAAAAAAGCAAACUAAUUAAAAUGCAGAGACUAUGUCACAUGUAAUUUAAAUCGAUCAAUGCAGCGGCUCCUUAGGAUUGCGAAGCUGUUAAAAGGCCUGAGAAAUACAGGAGAGAAGUUAAUGUUUGUUAGUGUUUACAUUUACAUAUAAAUAUAGUUAGUGACUUAAAGCAACAGAACCAGAACAAAUCUUUUAUUGUCUUUUGUAUGCAUCUUAAUUAUACGAAAUAACCUGUAAUUUGUAAGUAUUUUUUGGGUUUGUUUUUGCAAGCCACUUUCAACUCUACUGAGCUAACCCUAAUUAAUUAUAAAUAGGAAUACAAACCUACAUCCCCUGGAGCCAGACGGCCCUUAGGUGGAGCUUCUUAGCACAGUGCAGCAUGACUAAAAGGGCACACUGGUCUUUUUGUGCCAUUUAUAAAUUUGGCUUUUUUUUUUUUUAUACAGCAGAUUACACAAAUACCAGUUGAAGUUGUAAAAGAUAAGAGAGUGCUUUCAUAUGAGGAUGUCAUAUUGUGGUGAAAUUAAAUGUGUUCAUGUAGCUUAACAUCAGGUUUCAUAUUGUUACUUAUGAGUUAAUAGUCAUGGUGCAUUUGGAACAAAUUAUUGAAAAUAUCUCCAAGUUUAAAUAGACAAAUCAAGAUAUGAAAUUAACCUUUCUAAACUUAAGAGGGUAAAAAGAAAUCACUUGGCCAAUCACAACUAGCGCGCGUCUUUUUAAAACGUUGAUCAAAGCCAGUUUCAGCGCCAACAUUAAAAAAAAAAGACACGUCAUCCUAGUAGCUAGACACAAUUUUGCCAAGGAAAACCAAAGUACGUUUUAAAUAAAAGCUAGAAACAUGGCACAGAGGGGAAAGGGUUGAAAACACCAGCAGUUAAAGGAGAUGGACGGAGGAAAGUUUUAAUAUUUGGUCUACAUGCAGGAGAUGUUCUGUCAGGGAGUGGACGUCUCCACCAAUCGAGCUGCAGGGGAAAGGCUGCCUUGUCCAAUCAGAACAGGGCUGUCUUUAUAUAUACGGGUACAAAAGGCUAGACUCGUUUUUUCGUCAUUUAGCAGGGUUUAGAAGUUCGCAAUGGCUCGUACCAAGCAGACUGCUCGCAAGUCUACGGGUGGGAAAGCGCCACGCAAGCAGUUGGCCACCAAGGCUGCUCGAAAGAGCGCUCCAGCCACCGGCGGCGUGAAGAAGCCCCACCGUUACCGGCCCGGCACCGUGGCUCUGCGCGAGAUCCGCCGCUACCAGAAGUCGACCGAGCUGCUGAUUCGCAAACUGCCAUUCCAGCGUCUGGUCCGUGAGAUCGCGCAGGACUUCAAGACUGAUCUGCGCUUUCAGAGCUCGGCGGUGAUGGCGCUGCAGGAGGCCUGCGAGGCCUACCUGGUGGGGCUCUUUGAGGACACCAACCUAUGCGCCAUUCACGCCAAGCGAGUGACUAUCAUGCCCAAGGACAUCCAGCUUGCUCGCCGCAUUCGUGGGGAGAGGGCGUAAAUUGUCUUGUGAAUGUGUGCUAACUGAAACCCAAAGGCUCUUUUCAGAGCCAACCACCUUUUCUAUAAAAGUUGCUGUUUACUGUUGCUGUCCGUAAACUGGAACCUCUGUUCAGUCAAGGUAAAUAAGCAUUCUUGCCUCUAUCCGUUCCCCCUCCCCUCACGGAAUUGGUGCAAAAAGCUUUAUUAUAAUUGGGGAGUUCUUAAAACAGCCUUUAAGGUACUCUUAUAUCUACUUGUUUUGGGGGCCGCUUUCUUAGGCUUGGAUGCCUCCGGGUUGGGAACUUUCUUGGCCACCUUUGACCAACCAACCUUCUCCAGCAGCCUCCACCAGCAAAAGCUUUUGGGGUCUGCUUAGUACUCUUCUUCCGAAUAAGGACGCCCCAAGCUUUCUUGGGCCUCUCGGCUGCCAGGACAGCUGUCUUGGGCAUGACUGCAGCGGCUUUUCUGGCCUCGGUCUUCAUUUUCCUAACACCGCCUGGUUUAGCGGGAACGAACCCGAGGCGCUGCUCUCCUUAGCACGAAGAUGCCCUCGUUUGUUUUCAAGGCCCAACUUUAUUCAAAUAAUUUUUAAAAAUUUGUAUUUAUUUUUAGGGACGAGGUCUCACUAUGUUACCCAGGCUGGCCUCAAAACUCCUCAGCUUGGCCAGGCGAGGUGGCUCAGGCCUGUAAUCACAGCACUUUAGGAUGCCAAGGCGGGAGGAUCACGUGAUGUCAAGAGUUCGAGACCAGCCUGCCCAACACAUUGAAACUUCGUCUCUACUGAGAAUACAAAAAUUAGCCGGGUAUGGUGGCACACGCCUGCAGUCCCAGCUACAUAGAAAGCUGAGGCAGGAGAAGGGCUUGAACCCGGGAGGCGGAAGUUGCAGUGAACCGAGAUCACACCACUGCACUCCAGCCUGGGCAGCAGAGCUAGACUCCGUCAAAAAAAAAAAAAAAUCCCCCAAGCACAAACAAAACCACCAAAAACAACUCCUUAGCUUAAGAGAUUCUCCCGCCUUGGCCUCACAAAAUGCUGAGAUUACAAGCGUAGGCCACCGCGACCGGCAAGGGCCGCUCUUCAUAAUCGUAGCCGCCAACACCUACUUGAGCGCGGCCACAGAGAAGGCCGCUGCGCUUCUUGGAGACGGCUGAGUCAUUAGUGAUGAACUCACAUACCGGAGGGGCCUGGACAUCUUGCGCUUCACUGCAACUUCGGACUUGCAAAGCUUUUUCUUUACGUCAGUCUUUGACUUGGGAGAUAGACCAGGAGUCACGGCAUGUACAGUUUCGGACAUGAUUGUAGGUUUGGAUAUCUAACAGUUAAAAAAAAAAAAAAGGCUGCGAGUGUGUCUGUGAUUACGUGUAUGUCACACACAGACACGCUGCGCGCUGAUUGGUUCCCAGCUCAGUCUUUCAGCUUGGCAGCAACCUAGUCUCAACCCUGUUUCUGAGUUGUGUUUGCGGAAAUUCAGAAAAUCAAAAUAGUUUACAUUUCCUGAGGAGGAAUCACACCAAUUAUAUUCUACAAUGAACUGGAACGGCUACGGCGUUAUGAUCUUUACAUUUUCUUUCUCUAGUUUUUAUUUAAGGCAGCCUCGGCCUUUAUCAAAAGCUCCAACUUUCAGAGAUUCACAGUUCAGAGGGACAACUUCUUGAUUUUCAUUUAAAAUAUAAAUUCUU